GCAAACACAGCUAAAACCUGAAAUAAAUGAGAGAAGAAGAAACCCCCAAAGAACAAGAAAAAGAAAAAGAAAUACAUUUUUGAUUUAUCAGGAAAACAACUACAUUUUAAAUAAUCUGUGUUAUUUUUUGUUAUGAGGUUUUUUCUUAUCGUUAGAAUAUUUCCUGGUGUCUAAAUGGGUGCACAUUACUGCGCCAUUUGUAAACAAACGACAUUCUCCGGGAAAAAGCAUGUUUUCGGAAAAAGUCACCAAAGCAGACUUAGAGUCGUUCUUCUCAAAUUUACUGAAAAGGUGAAAGAAGCUCGUCGAACACUCAAAAAGCCUCAAGUAGAAAAGUUUGAUUGCACCCAGCACAAGCAGAAGAUCUGGUGCUACUGCUGUGAGGUGGAAAUAGAGAGAAACGUUACAGAUGACAACAUGACUGUACUGUAUGGAGGCGUAAUAGAGCACAUGGCCACACCAGAGCAUAAGAAUAAAACUCACAAGUUCUGGUGGGACAAUAAAGCAGACCCAAAGUUGAAAGACAAAGUCCUUUUCACAGCGGAGGAAGCUGAAAGAUUUAAAGCUGAAGUAUCAGAGGUUUUGGAGACAUUUGUGGAGAAGGAGGAUGAAUAUAUUAAACAGGAAGCUGAAUUUAUCAGGGCCCAGGAGAAACAUCGUCAGGAGGUCAUGCAGACUCUUUUAGAGCGUAAAGAAGAGCCGGAGUUGUCUAAUGGACCUAACAGCAGCAGGCUGUCUGCAGAGGUUCCUGUCAGCUCUCAGUUACAGAGUCGAGGGUGGGGCCAGCAGAUGGGGAACGCCUUUGCUGAUUCCAUGUCUGAGGUGACCCAGACCGCGGCAGGACAAGGCCUGACGUUUAUAGGUUAUCAGGAUUCAUCAACCAGUGGGAAUGUUCAUACAGGCGCCGUUCCUCCUUGGCUCCAAGACGAUCCUCUAGAAGGGACUUCAGGAGCUGCUCCACAGAAGGAGAUUGGUCCGUCACUCCAGGACUUCCUCAAGCAGAAGGAGCAAGAGAAGCUGAAGAAACUUCCUCCAAACCGAGUAGGAGCCAACUUCGAUCACAGCUCACACACCGACGCCAACUGGCUUCCCUCCUUUGGAAGGGUGUGGAACAGUGGGAGGCGCUGGCAGUCCAGGCAUCAGUUCAGACAAGAAGAGCGGCAAAAGCGGAAACAGAAGAAGCAGCAUGGCACAGAGAGCUCAAAGAAGGCAAAAAUGACUGAACAGCUGUCGAGUUCUGGUGUAUAAAAUGUGACGUUCUUUAACUCAGGAGUGAAAUUAUGCAUACGCUGAUUUAGGUCUUAUACUUUAUUACUCAUUGGGAUUACUCAGUCCAGGCAAGCAAGACACCCUUCUGCUAUUCAUAUGAAGGAAUGUGUUUAUGAUGCAUAUGUUGAGUAGGAUUUGUAAUAAACACUCACUACUGAACAUUUUAAUGUACACGAGGAACAUUAAAAUUUUAUUUAAACAAACUUCA